AUGAAUGAGGUGUUUAAUAAUCAAGCCCGGGGCGACUCUACGUUACGCCAACAUAUAUCUCAAUUGUCAAGGCCAGAAAACGGACAUACGAGAAAAAGACAGCGAAAGAGAAAAGCAUGCGACACUUGUCGACACAGAAAAAUAAAAUGCGAGGUCACCACCAAGUCCAAAUGCUCGUUCUGCAGCAAAGCCAACAUUCCUUGUUCUUUGGUUGAUUAUAGGCGGCAAAGACAGUUGAGGAACCAGAACAUGGUCGAUCGCCUGGAGACAAACAUCCAACGCAUGGAAGCUCAUUUUCAAAAAAUAGGAUUUGACUUGGGUGAAGAUGUGAACGGGUCAUCCUUUUUCGACGGGCUUCGGCAGUCAGAUGAAUCAUCAUCGUCGAGUCCAGCUGAAAAUGCAGAUUUCAUAACAGAUGCGGGUGUUUGGAACUCAGAGCCAAUACACCUAGACGCUGAACAAGACCUCGCUGCUAAUACGCAGAAUCUAUAUCACACCCUAGUCGACUCAACCUCCGAUGAAGUCGACCCAUCAAUACCGACGGAUCUGCCUUGCUUCUACGUUCCAAGGUGUUUUACAGAUACACCGAACGCCGGCUUCUCGACUCUAUCCUCAGAAGGAACGAAAUGGAUAGCUCAUAAAAUGGAAGGCGCGUCUGUUGGCAAUUUACAAUCCUUCCUUUCAUUGAGUCUCCACCAGGGAUCGAAUCGAGACCCGCUUGAGGGUUUAUUUCCCGACAAAGCUUUCUCCCCAUUACCCCCGAAAGAUGAGAUCAUAUCGUUGGUCAAUGACUACUUGGAGCAGUUCAACUUGCUGUGUCCCAUAUUUCAACCGUCAUCGCUGUUGUCGCUUUGUGAGGAAAAAAAAUUACAGGGCCUGUUAAAUUUCCCCAGUCGUUGGGCCAGUCUUAAUGUUGUCUUAGCGAUAGGGCAUAUGGUGCGCAUAAAGAAUACCUCUACUGUACAGGCUGGCCGCCAGAAGAGCUGGUUGUUCAUGAAGAACGCCUUGGGGGUUUUGAACGACCUCUGCUUUGGGUUACCAGAUGUAUGGACCGUCCAGGCACUCAUAGGGAUGAUCCUCUUUCUGAUGGGUACAUUAAGCAGCCAGCCUUGCCGGUAUUUGAUUUCCUCUGUUAUGCGAAUAUGCCAUGUGAUUCGACUCGAACGAAGCGAAAAUGGGUCGGCAUUGUGUCCUGAAGAACUAGAACAACGCAGGCGCAUCUUUUGGAUUGCAUACUGCCUUGACAAAGAGAUAUCUCUUCGGGUCGGUACUCCACUAGCGCAAAGCGACGAUGAUAUGGAUGUCUUAUUACCAAUGGAAGUUCCACUGGAUAACAUAGGAACCCUGUCAACAACAAACCAACGAGAGACCUUCAACGCAUUCAGAUCAAUGUGUGAACUGGGAUUAAUCAAGGGCCAAGUAUACAAACACCUCUACUCGGUCAGAGCAGCAGAUCGUCCGCUUGUUGAAGUAGCCGCUGCGGUUGAGAUGUUGAACCAAAAGCUCGAACAGUGGAAGAAUAGCAUUCCCGUCGAGUUCCAACCUGAAUCACGAAGACUUUCCGCUUUUCCAAAAUCCCCGAUGGCUGUGAGCCUUCUUUUUCUGCAUUUAUCAUACUUCAACUGUCUGAUAGCUAUCCAUCGAGUCGCUGCAGUCCGGGGUCCAAUGCUAGGUAGGGAUCUAAUUGAAAGAAACAGCGUUUACAACCUACCACAUCCAACGGUAUUCCUGUCGAAAUCACUCUGCAUAAACGCUGCAACGGCGUCGAUUAACUUGCUCAAAUAUAUGCCGCAAUCUAAUAUCCCCCUCAUAGGGAUCCUGAUCUACUACCCUAUUAUCGCAUCGAAAACACUCUCCUCGACCAUCGUCCAGGAUCCACGAGACACCUCGCGCAUAUAUCACAUCGGGCUUAUCAUGCAGGUGGAAACAUUUGUGUCAUCAUUGGUCCGUGAUACACCCAGUGAAGGAAUCGAUGGGCUUUUGAAAGAUUGUUCCGAGUAUCGCUCUCUGGCGGAGGCUGCAGUUAGGGAGGCUACACAGCUAUGUCGGGGUUGA